AUGCUGUCCAGAACGCGCAUGCUCUCCCGCGAGGAAGAGGAGCAGAUCGGCGAAGAAAAGGAAGUCCGCCGCGAAGACCAGGAGAAGAUAAAUCGGUUCAGCCGCCUGCACUCGAGAGAGAAGACCUUGGAAGAAGAAUUGAAAGUCAAGCAGAAAGACAAGGAGGAUCUCGAGGAGAUCUCCACAGAGCUGGAGCUUGCAGAUGAAGAUGACAAAGUCCCCUACAAGAUUGGAGACUCGUUCUUCAACCUGCCGGUACCAGACGUCCAGGAACUGCUCACCGCAGCUGUGGAACGUAUCGAUACCGACGUGUCAGGUGUGGAAGACAAGCUCACCGAGUUGCGCGAAGAAAUGAACAAGCUCAAGGCUGCACUCUAUGGACGCUUCGGCAAGUCAAUAAACCUGGAGGCCUGA